CACACACACACACACACACACACACACACACACACAUCUAUACACAGGGUGCUCACAAUGAGUGUGUGCUUCUAGACAGGGCCAUUCUGGUGAUCAUGGUGGUACAAAGCAGACGGAUUCCCUGAUGGUGACGAUAACAGGCUGACGGAUUAAGAGGACAAAACGCUCACAUGGUCACACAGGAGAACACACACACACACACACACACACACACACACAUAUAAGCACGGCGAGGCCCUGCCCCAGCUGUCUAGACAGAGAGCAGGGCUGCUGCUGGAGAUCUCAGGGGGGAUUAGAUCACACAUCACAACACUCACCUGUUCUGUGUGGUUUCCAUGCGACGCUGAUGACAGCGUGACAGGCGCACAGGGAACCGUGACGUAUGGAAAUAAGUUGCACGUGGAGUACGGCUGUGGGUGGGGGGAGAGUCCACCCCCCCCACCCCCCCACACAAUGGCAGCUCACUGACCUUUUGGCCUCUCUGCUCCGCUGCUGUUGCAUCACAUCCGCCCACAUUUUUAAUUACCAAACUGAAACAGGAAGUAAACACAGCGCCCGUGGCCGGGACGCACAGUCAUGGUUUUAUCUGCUUCCUGGUUUGUUCCAGUAUCACUCAUCUUCAAACGACUGAAAGUGCUCGCACAUUCACCGCGAGCGUGAAUAAUCCUAACGCUUUCUCUAAAUAUAGCUGUGUGAGGAUCUGUCUGUCACUUGGUGUACGCGUUUGUCAGAGGGAGUUACCCAUCAGCCCUCCGCUCAGAUGCUGGAGGCCGAGAGGUAUCGACUGACGGAGUCGCAGAGCUGGGAUGAAAUGAUGAUUCAGCAGAGGAGAGGAGAGGAGAGCGAGCAGCAAUAGAGGAAAUAAGAAGAAUGGAAAUGAUCAACAAGCAAAAGAAGACAUUUAAAGCUGUGCAUAAACAAUUACUCCUGUACCGUAUUAAACGUAUCUGAGUACAUUCAUAUGCUGGAUUUCCCCGCACAAGCUCUUGAAGCUGACCAGACUUUGUCCCCCUGUCUGCCCGUUCACUUCCAGGACCAUAAACCUUUUCUGCUGCGUAAGGAGCUUCUGGAUUUGUCCACGGCUGCAUCUUAGUGGUCGUGUUUUAAAGCAGCCGGUGCAAAAAUAAGAAUUUCAAAGCUCAUUUUGGUUCAGAGCCGUUAGUUACAAGUUACUUCCUGUGAGCGCUAUAGUGGUGGUAUAGUGGUGUCAGCGCUGCUCGUAGGAAGGAAGGCUGUGAAGACACCCCCCCGUCCUUUGUGUGUCUGUCUGUGUGCGUCUCCGGCUACGUGUGUACAAGUGCAGGAACAAGUGCUGGUGUGAAGAGGAGCAGGAACAAAGGAAAGCUGAGCCCCGCUCCCUCCCGCGGAACCUGAGACGGAGCCGGUCCCGCCUGCGUGUGCUUGACCCGUGACACCAGUUCAUCAAGACAGGAAUGCCCCAGACUGUGUGCUCAGGCACCAUGUUCACCACUCCCAGUGGCUUCAGCCCUCAUCUGGCCUGUGCUGAGCCAGGGGAGGAGGAGGAGGCCCCGCAGGAAGGCCCAGUACCCGGCGCCUGCCUGGCCGACGGGUCGCCCAUCACCUCCGCCUCCCUGGACACGCUCAUCCAGAACCUAGUGCCCACUGCCGACUACUACCCCGAGAAAGCCUACGUGUUCACCUUCUUGCUGAGCGCCCGGCUGUUCAUCCCUCCUCCGGAUCUGCUGGCCAGGGUGUGCGAGCUGUGCAUCAAGCAGCAGCAGCUGGAUCAGAGCCCACUGGACACGGCCAAAGUUCGCAAGUUCGGUCCCAAGAUCCUGCAGCUGCUCACGGAGUGGACGGAGACGUUCCCGUCUGACUUCAGGGACGAGAAGAUGGUCGGACACCUUAAGGACAUCAUCCACAGGAUAGCUGCAUGUGACGAGGCGUACUGGAAAACCUUGAACCAGGUGCUCCAGAAGCUCAACCAGAGGCUGGCCCUGAUGAGCCAAGGGGAGGAGAGCAUCGUCAAAGUCUCCCUCAACGCCUCCUCCAUCUCUGACAAGCUGGUGGCCUUCAAGACCAAGCCUCCACCCAUCCAGAAGGACAUGCUCUCCAUCUGCAACGACCCGUACACGCUGGCACAGCAGCUCACCCACGUGGAGCUGGAACAUUUGCGUCGUAUUGAACCGGAGGAAUUUGUCCAAGCCUUUGUCCAGAAAGACCCACUGGACGGAACUCAGCAGCCGUGCUUCAGUGACCAGAAGAAGAAAACAUCCAACCUGGAGGCCUACGUCAGGUGGUUCAACAGACUGUGUUACCUCGUAGCUACAGAGAUCUGCAUGCCAGCAAAGAAAAAGCAGAGAGCCCAGGUGAUCGAGUUCUUCAUUGACGUCGCCAGGGAGUGCUUCAACAUUGGAAACUUCAACUCCCUCAUGGCCAUCAUUUCUGGGAUGAACAUGAGUCCCGUCUCACGGCUCAAGAAGACUUGGGGCAAAGCUAAGACUGCCAAGUUUUACAUUUUGGAGCAUCAGAUGGAUCCUACGGGAAACUUUUACAACUACAGGACCGCCCUGAGGGGGGCCGCCCAUCGCUCCCAGACCGCCAACAGCAACAGGGAGAGGAUUGUAAUUCCCUUCUUCAGUCUGCUGAUCAAAGAUAUUUAUUUCCUCAAUGAAGGAUGUGCGAAUCGGCUGCCCACUGGCCACGUCAACUUUGAGAAAUUUGUGGAGCUGGCGCGACAGGUCGGGGAGUUCAUGACGUGGAAACAGGUGGAGUGUCCGUUUGAGGAGGAUCGGGCCAUUCUGCAUUACCUUCAUACUGCUCCAAUCUUCAGUGAGGACGGCCUCUACCUUGCGUCCUACGAGAGUGAGAGUCCAGAGAAUCAGGUAGAGAAGGACAGAUGGAAAGCACUCAGGUCUAAUGUUCUGGCAAAGACAUGAGGCAGCUCACCCUCCUGCCAACAAGGGAGCACGCGUUCUCAUUGCACUAAAUUGAACUGUGAAGGAACCAAGCUGGUACUUAGGUGUUUUCCUAUGAAGAAAUAUUGAUAUAAAGAAACGCGGUGAACAGGAUUCAUCAAAAACACGACGACAAAAUGAACAAAAUGAAAGAACAGAAAAAAAAACAGAAGUGUUAAGCUAAAGAAACUGGAACAAAAUGCAUCUGCAGCAUAUCAGUGUUGAGGUGUGGUGCAUUGGAGACGGAUACAGCUUCUCCUUUACUCGUCCCCUCUGUGUGUGUUUACUCUGUAAAAUACGUUUACUACCAUAGGAAGUACAGUUACAGGGAAAACCACUUUAUAAAAUGAAAUUCCUACUGAUUCUAUAGUUGGUUUUGUAUCUGCUUCUAUUUCUCUCUGUGUUUCCCCUUUAGCCCAGAGCCUUGUCCAGGUUUUCCUUUUCUCUCAGUGUUAUGUACUGUAAUGACACUUACGAGGACAUGAAGGGCGCUGGCCAGCCCAUCAGUCAUCACGUUUUAUAGGUCUACUGAAGGAGGAACAGCUGCAUAGCUGGGGAGGCCUUUAGCGUUUUACCACCUCAUCUUGUGUGUAUCUACAUGUGUGCCAGUUUGCGUGUUGAUUUUUCUUCAAAUUGUCUUGUUUUUUGCAUGUCGAUGACUGGAGAAAACUGUUUAUUGGUCAUCACUUCUUCUCAUAUAAUUUAUUACAGGUUACUUUGGGUGAGUAAUAUUAACUGUUUACUUCUUUUAAAUGUGUUGUGCCAUCAAAGCAGUAAACUACAGUAUAGCUUCAGUUACAGAAGGAGCCAGGCCAGGUGUGGAUUAUGUAUAAGUCACCUUUACCCAUCUUUCUGCUCUUCAGGAAGUUUUCUCUGACUGACGUUCAGUUGUCUGAUAUAUUUAUGGAGAUUUCUGUGCUGACAGAUGUAAAGAUUUUAUUGUAAUUUUCCUUUAGUGAAUAUGAAGUAGAAUGGCAUGCUGCAAGAAGUGUUUUAAAAGGGGCAUUAUGUGAAUCCAUCUUGUAAAGGUUACUACUGGAACACAACCUGUGCGUGUGCAGUGUUGCACUCUGAAGGAACAAUGAUGUGGAGACCUGCAGCUUUCUAUAAGGAGGAAAACUUGUGCCAUAUGAAUCAGUGGUGUCAUUACAAAUCAGGUUUUCUCUGAAUUAAAAUGUGUUGUUCAUUGUUUUGUGGGAUUGUCACAGAGCCUUGUUUUUGGCAGUUUUGUUGUGAUUCGGGACCAUUUCUGGGGAAGGGUGAUGGGAUGAGAGCAGGGGGAAAGCGAGUAGGAACUAUGUAAUUAUGGGGUUUUUAAAAUAGUCUUAUUCAGUUUGCUAUAAUUAAUUGAUGUCAGUGUUUUCUCUUAAGAAGCACCUUUCCCUCAUCAACAGACUGACUUUAACUCUCUCCCUCGUGCCAUCAGUAAACUUGGUUUCCCUGUAACACAGAUAAGUUAAGACUAGAGCCAGAGUCAAACCUGUUAAGGUGAUGACAUGUUUUAAUAAAACAUUGCCUGUGUUGAA